AUGGGCUUUGCAACUCUCAUCGAGAUGUGGGUUUUCGUCUGCGUGCCACGCUGGGGAGAAUGGGCCACAACGGUUGUGAUAUCCCAGCGUUAUAUCACCUCCCUAGAUCGGAUCACUGCGGUUCAAUUAUUGCCGAUCGCAGCAACUAUUGUAGCAGCGGGUGCUGGCGCAGAGGUUGCUAUGAUCUUACCAGACAAACAACAUGCGCUGGGAACACUCCUCGCCUCGUUCAUUCUCUGGGGUAUGGGCACUCCGCUGGCAAUCACGAUAUUGGUAAUUUAUUAUCAGCGACUAGCGGUCUAUAAGCUUCCACCGAGAGAAUUAGUUGUGAGCUGCUUUCUACCACUUGGGCCUCUUGGCUUUGGUGGGUUCGGCAUUCUUUACAUCGGCAAAGUAGCACGCAUGUUAUUGCAGGAUUCGGAGUUCCUGGACCCUAUCGCGGGCCAGAUGGCAUACGUCUUGGGCGUCUUCAUAUCCCUGCUCAUGUGGAGCUUCGGCUUGAUUUGGCUCGUGUUUGCUCUAGCUACCAUUCUAUACCGCUCUCCAUUUCCGUUUAAUAUGGGAUGGUGGGGAUUUACAUUCCCGCUUGGGGUUUACGCCGCAAACACGACGCAAUUGGGUAUUGAAAUGGAUAUCAUGUUCUUCAAAGUUCUCGGUACCGAUACGGGGGAGUAUGAGUUUCCCUUUUUACAGGAGGUCUUCACUCCUUUGGAAUCGCACAAGGUCGAUUUUGUCUUUGUUCAUGGCCUCAACCCAAGUGGUCGAAACGAUCAUCCUUUCCAGACAUGGACGCAUAGCAAUGGCAAGUUUUGGCCGAGAGACUUCCUAGCCGAAGACAUUCCAUAUGCGCGCGUCUUUGUCUACGGAUACAAUUCAAAUAUUACUCAUCCGCAGACCAUGUCAACAGCAAGCAUCAAGGACCACGCGAAUACUCUAUUGAAUUUAUUGGAUAUGGAGCGCGGCCCCCAUGUGGGCUCUGUUCCUCCGAAAGUCAUAUUUAUCGGACAUAGCUUAGGGGGAUUGGUGAUCAAACAGGCACUUCUCAAUGCAAAAGAAGAUCCAAAAUACACUUCCAUUCGUUCCGCUACUUCUGGUCUCGUCUUUUUUGGGACACCUCAUCGUGGCGCAAAGGCUGUGGAAUUGGGGAAAAUCGCAGCCCGGGUUGCCCGCUUCGUCUCUAAAGGCCACGCCAGUAAUGACCUUCUAGACUGCCUGGAAUACAACUCGCUGUUCACCCGACAAAUGACAGAUCGGUUCCGACAUCAAUUAGAGGAUUAUCGUGUUAUUAGCUUUAUUGAAGGGAAGGAGGUACAGAUAGGAGGUGCUGGACCAGCAUCCAUCAGCCAUCUUGUGGUUGAUGAGGAGUCUGCGGUUCUUGGAUUGUCCGGUUUACGCGAAACACAACUGAAGCUCGACGCGGAUCAUUCCCAGAUGUGCAAAGUGGGCGCUCGGGGUCCUAUGUAUCGUUUGAUCAAAGGUAACAUCAAGCAACUGGUCGAUCAGGCGCUUUUGUCAGAGCAAGGCUUCGUUCCUCCGUCGAUGCCUCCAAGUGCCGCUUCAUCUCCACCGCCAGUGCCACCGCGCAUUCAUUCGAACAGUAGCAUGCCAUACCACGGACAGGGGCGCCCAUCUGCUCCAGCGCAAAGGGUGACAGGAGUAAUUUUCAAUGCUCUUGAUAAUGACCCGCGAUCUAUUCGCUCCGCCGAACUCAAGAAUCGGGCUCGGUGGGACGAAGCUCGAACCGUCGAAUAUGAGAUUUUCCAGGAGCAUUUGCGUAGCCUUGGUCCGGAUCAUUUUAGUACAUUGUCAGUGGCAUACAAUCUAGCUGAAGUGGAACUAGAGACCAACUACUUGGAGAAGGCAAGUGAAUGGUGUCAUUGGGUUUCCGAGAAUGCCCAACGCGUCUUUGGGACAAAGCAUCCUCUUACAAUGAAGACGGAAAGUUUGGCGGCAGAGGUCUUGUGCCAACAGGGCAAGUAUCAAGAGGCUGAGUCGGUCUGCGCCAAUGUGUUGGCCCGUCAACAAAUGACCAUCGGCGAAGACCACUUGGACACCUGUGACACACGGCGCCGACUAGGAAUGACCUACAAUGCGCUAGGUCGCCGGGAAAAUGCUGUCAUGACUGCAGAAAAGCUGACAGAAAGCCUAAAGCGCUUGCUUGGAGACACACACAUUCGUGUGUUUGGCUCCGUAUUGGACGCGUUAGAAUAUGUCUUUAACAACCAAUCCGGGGACGCAAGUACCCUAAUCGUCAUGCGUUUUCAGCCCGAUGUACAACAGGCCUUGGAGAUGUUGUCACAAGUCUACCAAGAGCUUCGAACCGCCUUGGGCCAUGGACAUCCAUCUACCAUUCGUGCUCUCUGUCUCCACGGCCGAGCACAAAGCUUUAUGCAACAGAGUAUGGAGGCCUCGGAGACGCUACGCCGGGCUCUGGCCAGUGCAGAGGAAGCAUUGGGGCACGAUCAUCCGUUAACUUUGGAUAUCGUGGGCAACAUCGGCGUCAUGUAUGCUUUGCAAAAUGGCUACGCUUCAGGCUUAAUGACCAAUAAUCGUACUGCGGAAGCUUUUCCCUGGUUGAUACGAUAUUUGAACUGGGUCGAACAUCGUAAAGGCAAAGGCAACCCCGAAACGCAGGCCACAUUGGAGCUGCUGGCCAACCUACACUUCAGAGCUAAAGAAUACGAACCCGCUCAGAAGUACUACGAGCGCCUCGUUGCGAAUAUGCGCGGGACCGACUCAGCAGCCAGUGAACGUAUCAACACUCAGCUUCAACUCUGCCGGGCAAACACCAUGUAUACCCGCCGAGGCCUAGGGUCGGGGCUAGGAGGAUUCUUGUCCAACUUACAGCGAUAUUGA